UUUUCUUCUUGAUGCACACUCUCUUCGAAUAGGAACGUAAGGAUUGGCGUUCUUCACAGGGUGCGGCACAGUAGCUCGUGCAAAAUUGUCUUCCCUGUACAGUCAGUCAGUGACUGAGGUGUCAAGAGCUAGCUCGAAGGCAAGCGAAGGUGCCAUCGUACGAUUGCUUUGCCUUUCAGAGCUGACUAGGACGCGGUCAGUGGGGAAGGCUCUGGGCACACAGAAAGCCUGAGAUCUGCAAGACGUUCGAAAUGAUUGUACGUAUGCAAGCCCUGCCAAACAUAGGCAGAAGCAAUGGGGCACAGCUGCGGCAGCCUGCCCCAAAGCCUGGCUCAGGAAGUCCCAUGACUGUAACACCACGCAGGCGCAGUGUCGGCAGGCACUCGCAGGCCCCUUUCCCAGGCGAAGACGCCCCUGGCACAGGUAGGCGCCACUUUCCUGAAGAGGUGCCAGAGGCGAAUGUGAGCGUGGCGGAGCGGCCGGAGAGCUUUGAGAUGCGGAGCACGCAGGACAUGUACAAGGAGUUCCCUGGCCUCAUCCGGUCCAGCUACCCACUCUACAUCCGCACUGCCGGUCCCCAGGAGCCGUUGGGGGAGGUGGAGUUGCGCGCGGAGGACGCCGGCCCAGCCACGCGCAACCGCCGGCGGCCGGAGCCGGUCGACCCGUCGCCGCCGACCGCGCGGCUGCACCACGCAGAGGACCCAGAGGCGCUUAAGCGCGAGGUUGCCAGCCGCAAGGGCUGCUGAGCAGAUUGUGACUAAUCCCUACCCUGUCAGGCUGGCGGUCUGAAGCUGCAAUGUGUGUAUUUGUAUUGUUUGGCCGAGGAUGGUGGUACCAUGGGCUGCCGUCUGGGCCGACUUGCAAUGUAUGCAUAGGUGCAGGGCUCUGGAGUUCAGGUGUUCAAUUGGCAUAAAAGCUGGUUGUGAAGGAUGCCAGGGAUGCUUGUCAAAUGGUGUGAGAGCGGCUCUCUUGGAGGAAAUGCUUUGGUUUGAAGAGUGAAUGCUAAGCAGUGGAGGUUGUUUGUUGUCGGCUGUGUGGGAUGGGCGUUGAAGGGCUGUCCUUAUGCUGUGGCACAGACGUGGAGAUGUUGUAUGCUCCCGCACUCGGGAGCAGUGUACCAAAAGUGUAUGUGUUGGAAAGGUCACUGUACAUUUUCUCAUGGAUCUAGAUAGUUUGUGGAGCUGAGUAGCUCGUUUGACACUUCAGCCAAUUGAGUUUAUCAUCUAAAAUUGUGACAUUACGCUGUCUUGUAAAAGCUGAAUGCUGCAAUGCAUUAUUUCCU